AUGAGCGCGUCCACCGUCACCCCGCAAGGGGCCAGCGCCCAGGUGCUCGCCUUCCUCGCGGGCGACGCGCCCCACGACGACCUCGCAGCCUCGCUGGUCCACCUCGCAGCAACAGCGAGCCAUGACCCGGCCGAGCACCUCCUCCUCACCAGCCUCGUGCACCAGCUCGUCGCCUCUGUCGCCUCCGUUGACCCGCAAGCUCGCCCCGACCCGCACCGCCUCGCAGCCUUGUUCACCGACGGCGUCUUCAACCACCUCGCGCACGACCAAGACCGCACCGCACGCCUCGCCGACGUCUGGAUCGACGUCGUCUGGCAGGUCGACCAGGAGCUCUACACCCGCAUCGACCUCGCCGUCCCUCGUGCAGCAGCACCGCCCGCCGAACUGCAAGACGGCAUGCAGCUCGACGACCCGUCGGGUGCGACCUCGUCAUCGUCAGCGCCCGCCGCAGACCGCACAAAGCUCGUCGACGCCGAGGUCCUCAACGCGCGCACCCGUCUCGCCCACCUCUGCAAGGCCCUCGCCGACUCGGGCCACAUCCCGGCGGCGGCCCUCGUCGAGCGGCUCGACUUUGCCCUGAUUGGCCUCGCCGGCCUCGUGCACGACGUCAACUUUUUCCAGCGCACCGAGGUCCGACAGCGCACCGCCCUGUACUACAAGCAGCAAAAGUUCAACCUGCUGCGCGAAGAGUCCGAGGGCUACUCGAAGCUCAUCGUCGAGCUCCUGAGCGACAUGGGCCCGCCGCACUCGCCCGACACGGGCGCGAGCCGCGAGACCGAGCACGAGCGGCUCAGGCGCGCUCAGGUCGCCAUGGACCGCGUCAAGAACCUCAUCGGCAACUUUGACCUCGACCCGACGCGCACGCUUGACGUCAUCCUCGACGCCUUCUCGGACCACGUCGUGAAGCACUGGCAGUUCUUUAUCGACCUCCUGUCGCUCUCGCCGUGGGCGCCCAAGCCGCGCUCGAGCGCCGCCGCCGCGUCGUCGUCCUCGUCGGCCAAGGACCCCUCGGCGAUGCCGAUCGACGUCGGCCUCGACGACGAGUCCGGCAGCGACACGAUCGCCCAGAUCCUCGGCUUCAAGUUUGCCCUGUACCAGUCGCCCUCGUUGUCGGCUGCGCCCGAGACGGCCGUCCCGGACUCGCUGUACCUCGCCGCCGCGCUCCUCGUCUGGCACGGCCUCGCGCGCCUGUCGGACCUGUGGCCCCACCUGUCGCCCGACGACAAGGCCCUCACCAAAAUGGACGCGGCGUGGAGGGACGACCAGGCGCAGAGGGCGAGGUCGGCAGGCGGGGCCAAUGCGCUCGCCAUGGCGGGCGCGCUCGUCGACGACGAGGCCCCGGCGGCCAAGCCUGCGGCGGCAGCGGGCGCCGAGGGCGCCUCCUCGACGACGGCAUCGUCGUCGUCGUCGGCGGCGGCAGCAGCGGCGGCAGCAGCGGUCCCGGCGCGCGACCCGCCCAACCAGCGCCUGGGCCUCCUCGAGGCGCUCCUCUCGAUCGGCGACUCGACCCACGCGUUUUUCAUCCUGUCGACGUUCCCCUUCCUCGCGCGCGUCUUUCCCCGCGUCGCCGACCUCGUCAACCGCCUCGUCGCCGCGUCGAUCGCGCCCGCGUACGACCCGCUGUCGCCCUCGGCGGCCGGCUCGGGCCUCGCCGCGCAGUACGUCGCCGAGUUUACGGCGCCGCGAGCGCGGCCCUCUUCGACGACGUCGGGCACCAAGGCGCCGCCGCCGUCGUCGCUGUCGCCGCCGCGCCAACCGACCCUGACGGGCUCGGCGUUCCCCAACGCGCAGCGCGGCGAGUGGACCUUUUUCUUCCCGCGGUGGACCGAGCGGGUCCCGCGCGCCCAAGGCCCCGAGGGCGUCGUCGAGCUCCUCGAAAAGGUCUACUUGCCGUUCGUCGGGAUCCACGUCGCGAGGGACUUUGGGACGUUCACCAAGAUUGUCAGGGUGGCUGUCGCCGACCUUGGGACCAACCCGUCGGACCACCCUCGCCGCACGAGGUGGCUCGACCUCGUCCGCCUGCACCUCCUGCCCGGCAUCGCCCUCCUCGAGCACCACCCGGCGGCGGCGACCGAGAUCUGGCGCGUCCUGUCGCUGUACCCGAUCGAGCAGCGCUUUGCCCUGUACGGCGAGGUCAAGGACUCGCUCACGCGGCGCAACCCCGAGCUCGGCGUGCGCAAGGCCGAGGCCGAGCGCGACUGCAAGAGCAUCCUCAGGCGCUUGUCGACCGACAACUCGAAAAAGCUCGGCAAGCUCCUCGCGCGCACGGCCUACACCAACCCGGCCGCCGUCUUUGCCGUCGUCAUCAACCAGAUCCAGAGCUACGACAACCUGAUCGUGCCCGUCGUCGAGGCGUCGCGGUACUUGUCGACCCUGUCGUACGACGUCCUCGCCUACUCGAUCCUCGACGCCCUGUCGUCGGACCGCCCCAAGACCAAGGAGGACGGCACGUCGAUCGCCAUGUGGCUCUCGGGCCUCGCCACUCUUACCGGCCAGCUGUACCGCCGGUGGGUCCAGAUGCAGCCCUCGCUGUGGGUCGUCCUCCAGUACCUCGUCAACGCGCUCGUCAGCGGCGAGUCCAAGGACCUCGUCGUCCUGCGCGAGCUCAUCGCGCGCAUGACGGCCAUCGAGCCGUUCGCCGACCUGAGCGACGCCCAGGUCCUGAGCCUCGCCGGUGGGCCGCACCUCCGCAGCGAGGUGUACCAGCAGACCGACCUCGCCAAGGCGUCGCAGCGCGCCGUCCAGGACGCCCUCGUCAAGGCCCGCUCGCGCCUGCGCUCGGCCCUCCUCGACAAAGGGCUCGCCGUCCCGCUCCUCGUCAACAUUGCCCUGCAGCGCCAGGCGUGUCUGCGCACCCCGGGCGCCCACCUCAAGUCGCUCGGCGCCUUGUUCGACCAGACGCACGCCGUCCUGUUCCAGUUCACCGAGCUCCUCGCCGCCCUCACGACGCCCACCGAGCUCGCCGCCCUCGUGCCCGAGCCGAGCACGCUCCUCGGCCGGUUCGGCCUCGAUGCCGGCGUCGCGUUCGACCUCGCGCGGCCGAGGCUGCGGGCGAGGAUCCGCGCCGCGGACGACAAGGAGCAGAGCGAGCUCCAGGCGCGCAAGGAGAGCCUGUUGGCGGCGCGACUCAAGAAGGAGAAGGCCGAGCGCAGGGCCAAGGACGAGGCCGACGCGGCGGCGGCGGCAGCGGUGGCGGCGGGCAAGGGCAACGACGGCGAGGGCGACGUCGAGAUGGGCGACGGCGAGGGCGAUGACAAGAAGGUCGACGCGGGCGCCGAGGUCAAGAAGGAGGGCGCCGAGGAGAGCGGGACGCCGCCGCCGCCGCCGGCGAACGGCGCGGUGUCGGCCGUCAACGGCGAGAGCGGCAGCUCGACCCCGGCACCCGCACCCGUACCAGUCGAGCCGUGGCACUCGGCGCUCGUCGACGAGAUCCGCAACGUCGCCGAGGUCCUUCCCGCCUCGGCUCGCGACACGCUCGGCGCCCCGUUCUUCGUCACGUUCUGGCAGCUCACCCUGCACGACAUCCUGUACCCCAAGGUGCGGUACGACGCCGAGAUCACGCGCCUGCGGGCCCUGCAGCGCGACGUGGCGAGCCUCGCCGGCGUCAAGCAGGAGGACAAGGCGCACUUUGUCGAGAACGUCAUCGCGACGGCGACGGGCCUGUCGUCCGAGGCGGCGAUGCACCUCAGCUCGAAGAACCGGGUCACGCGUCGGCUCGGGCGCGAGAAGGUGCACUGGUUCAGCAACGUCAAGACCAAGGCCGACCGCAUCCGCCUCGCCGACGACAUCCUGCAGUACUGCGUCCAGCCUCGUGCGCGCCUGUCGCUCCCGGACGCCGUCUUUGCGCACCAGCUCGUCAAGAAGCUUCACGCGCUCGACACGCCGGGCUUCCACACCGUCGUCUUCUACGAUCGUCUCCUGACGAGCCAGAUCAGCCCGAUCCUGUUCUCGUGCACCGAGAACGAGGCGCGCAACUAUGGCCGGUUCAUCUACGACGUCCUCGGCGAGCUCAACGGGUGGUACAAGGACCAGGCCGCCUACGCCGAGCACGCUGUCGGCAAGAACGGCGAGCUGUCGGGCUUCCUGCGCUCGAUGAACGACUCGUCGUCGUCGGACAAGCCGCGCCAGCACUACGAGCAUGCCGACUUUCAGGCCGCGCUCCUCAAGUGGCACGGCAACAUGGUCCUCGGCUUCAUCGAGAGCUUCCGGUCCGGCGGCUACAUGCACAUCAAGAACUCGAUCCUCGUUCUCACCAAGAUUGCGCCUUUCUUCCCGCUCGACCACAAGCAGGGCGAGACGCUCGAGCGCAGCGUCGUCGAGCUGCUCGCCGUCGAGAAGCGCGAGGACUUGACCAUCCUCGCUCAAGGGUACAAGGCCGUCGUCGGCAAGCGCCGCAAGCACUGGGUCAACAAGCCCGAGCCCGCUCCCGCUCUCGCUCGCACCGCCAGCACCGCGAUCAAGUCGGCCUCGCCAGCCGGCUCGCCGGCGCCGGGCAACCCGUCCUCGGCCCGAGCGACGCCUGCCCCGGCGGCCGCGCAGGCGGCCUCGAGGAGCGCGCUCCCGAGCCGCCCGGGCGCACCAUCGACGCGAGCCUCGCAGGCCGACGUCAAGCCGUCGUCGUCUUCGCACCCUUCCCGACCUGCCGCCGACACUCGCCGCAACGACCCUCCUUCCACCUCUUCCUCGCUCCCGACUCGCCCUGGCACCAACGGCACGUCGACCUCGACCGCCGACUCGGUCGCCGACCGGCUUCGCGCCGAGGCCCUCGCGAGCAAGCGGGCGCCUGCCGCUUCGCCCGCCAACUCGGCGCCGGGCAGUGCGUCGGGCCGCGACAAGGAGCGCGAGCGCGAGCGCAGCGGCGCAGACCGCGACCGCGAGCGUGAGCGUGAGCGUGAACGCGAGCGCGAGCGGGACCGCGCCAUGGACAAGAAGAUGGACCCGCCGCCCGCACGAGGUCCUGCCGCGUCCGCCUCUUCUCGCUCCGCCGCCGUCAACGUCGUCGACAGCCCGUCAGCGUCACGCCCUUCCUCUCGCGCGGCCAGUCCGCGUCGCGACCGCGACCGCGACGCCCGCGACCCGCGCGACGACGUCCGCUCUCGGCCCCGCAGCCGUGACCGCGCUCGGGACAGGGUCGCCGAUCGUGUCCCCGAGCGUGGAGCAGACCGAGCGGUCGUCGACCGUGAGCGCGAGAAGGAGCGAGAGAAGGAGAAGGAGCGGGAGAAGGAGCGCGAGGUGAGGGAGCGCAGCGUCGAGUCGUCGCACUCUCGCGCGAGCACGAGCAGGGACGACCGACGCAGCGCAGCGUCGGAUCGCGGCGGCCGCACGAGCGAGCGCGACCGGGAGCGCGAGCGCGACCGGGACGUGCGGGACAAAGAGCGCGACUCGCGUGGCGGGCGAGGCGCUCGCGACGACCGCGCCGCCCCCGGCUCGAUGCCGUCCUCCUCCAGGCGCGACGUUCCCGAUGCGCGCCGCGACGACCGCUCGUCUCGCCGUGACGACGACCGCCACGCCAAGCCGGUCCCGACGGGCCCGUCGGCCUCGGCGUCGUCGUCCUCGCGCCGCGCCGACGACGAGCGCAGCCGUCGUGACGAGUCGCACCGCGAGCGUCGCACGUCGGACCGGACCAAGCUGUCGCGCGAGGCGGAGCAGCGUGAGGAGGAGAAGGAGAGGGCGCGGCAGCGGGACCGUGAGCGCGAGGAGCAGCGCGAGAAGGCGCGCAAGGAGGAGGCCGACCGGCGCGCCGGCAAGGACAAGGAGCGUGACAGCAAGGACCGCGGCGGCCGUGGUGCGCUGCCGCCCAAACCCUCGGGCGGUGGCGGCGGUGGCGGCGUCGACCGCCUGCGUCCCGCACCCGCCUCGCGCUCGCAGUCGGACAAGGAGUCGGAGCGCUCCCCGCCUGCACCCUCGUCGGGCUCACUCGUCGACCGCGCCCGGGCAAGUCUGCCGAGCGCUGGCGGCGCCAAGGACGCCUCGCCGGCCGCGCACUCGCCCGCCCCUCCUGCCGCCAAGGACUCGCCGCGCAACAGUCCCACCGCCACCGACGCCCCGCUCUCGAUCAAGGGUCGCGGGUCCAGCAGGCUCUUUGCCGGGCUUACGUCGUCCAAGCCGGCCGAGGACCGCAGCAGGUCGUCGACGUCGGGCGGCAGCAGGCGCGACCAGGACGACUCGUCGCGCAAGCGGCCGGCGCUCGCCGACCGCCUCGCGCCCGAGGAGCCCAAGCGGCAGAGGACGGACGAGUCGUCGAGGGACGGUGCGCGCGACCCGCCGCCGCACCGGCACGGCGGCGGCGAGGGGAGGAGGGGAGGCGGCUCGCACAGGAGAUGAGCGCUCGCGGGCACUUGACGUAGCUUGCUCUGCAACAGCUCUAGUACAUUGCG